GAGGGGCGUGCCCCCGCUACGGCGAAGGUGGUGGCGGUCAUGGCGGCUGUGUCGGUGUCGGAGGCGCGGCUGCGGCGCAAGCAGCUCCUCAACGCGGAGGAGGCGGAGCUGUUCGAGCUGGCGCAGGCGGCGGGCAGCGGGCUGGACUCCGAGGUGUUCCGGGUGCUGCUGGACCUGCUGCGCAUGAACGUGGCGCCGCUCGCCGUGUUCCAGGUGCUGAAGUCGAUGUGCGCCGGGCAACGGCUGCCGCCGGGGCCCGAGGGCGGCCCCGCCGCCACAGCACCGCUGCCCGCGGACACCCGAGGGAGAAAUAAAACCAGCUCUGCCGUCAGUGGGACCCAGGUUCUGGCUGAAAGGAGCAGCAGAGAAGGAUCUGCCCAGAGGAUGCCUCGACAGCCGAGUGCGAGCCGGAUGCAGAAGGCAGGAGCCUCUGGGAAGAACACGGGGGGAGGCAACAGUACCUAAAUAAUAAAUAAGGCCUCGGGACUCGAUGGAUUUUAAUACUUAACAAUGUAUAUAAACUAUGUUUGUUAAAGCUGCUUGUGUUGUGUAUAUUAACCAACAAACAUGAUUUGUAAUAGAGGA